AUUGAAUAAAAUAUUCGGAAUCUAGUACCCCAUGAGAACCUGUAUAUGCAUACUAUUGAAUUUACCCUCUAAAUUGUGAUGGCGAGAGGGACCAAUUGUAGAAUCAGUGGCCGACGUAACCCUGUUAACCGCAUCGUGUCCACAAAAAGGUACAGCUCUCCCACCGCCAUUGAACCCCUCAACCUCCCAUUCUCAUUUCCACCACCAACUCAAUCAAGAACAACUGUUCUAUACAAACCACCACCAUGCGUUUCUCAACACUUUCAAUCGCCGUCCUAGCUUCGGCUACCUCUAUCGUUCUCGCUGCCGACCCGGAGCUGAAUAUUGAGGUCACCAGAGCCGUCGAGUGCGAGCGCAAGACGCAGAGGGGAGACAAGGUCGAUGUCCACUACAGAGGCUCGCUCCAGGCUGAUGGCUCGGAAUUCGAUGCAAGCUACAACCGUGGCUCGCCAUUGAGCUUCGUUGUCGGUCAGGGACAGGUUAUCAAAGGAUGGGAUGAGGGACUCCUCGAUAUGUGCAUUGGAGAGAAGAGGACUCUCACUAUCCCCCCCAACCUUGGCUACGGAGACAGAAACAUGGGACCAAUCCCAGCCGGCAGCACACUGAUCUUCGAGACCGAGUUGAUGGGCAUCAAGGGAGUCGAGGCUCCAGCCAGCAUUGUCCUUAAGGAGGCCGCCAGCGAGGAGACCGAGGGAGUCAAGGAGAAGAUAAAGGCUAAGAUUGAGGAUGCGGCCGAGGCGGUGAAGGUCACCCUCGAGGAUACCGAUGCUGGUGGACAGGAGCACAAUGAGCUAUAAGAAAGAUAUACAGAUUGAGGAGACAUAGGAAUGAUCGUACCGACUAUAUCCAAAAAGCCUACAAUUACAUACCAUUACACAGAAAUUGUGUGAUACAACUGAUUAUGUACCAUCCCGUUUGAACUCCUCAAAAAGCAAGUUCACCGAGCCAUGUGCAUACAUGACGAUUUGCGUCCCUAUACAUUCGAAGACAUUAAUAUAGCUAAAGGGCUUUAAUUAAAAGAUAGUCUG